GGUGAAUCGAUUGGAUGCCAGCGAGGCCAGCCGCUGAAAGACCCUUAAAGCGCUGUAUCCGCCAGGUCCCUUCAGCGAAUUGGGUCAGCAAGUGUGGCUUCCACCGCCCAAAAACAUGUGAACAGCCUCAACGUCCCACUCGACCAAAUCCACGUGGGGACGAGACACCUCAGUGACGACAUUCUUGGGGCUGCCCUGCCUGCACCCUUUGACUCAGCUCCCAACGUCAAACGAGUCUACAACAACUCACUGCUGCCUUCCAAGAUGGCGUCCAAGGAGACAGAGAAGGACGCCCAGAGCAAGGGCAAGGACAAGUCGGUCAAGGAUGAUGAGCCUGAAGAGGUCCAGGAGAAGUUCUCUCCUGAAGAGGAGGCGUCCCUCCUAGCCGAAGCAAACACCCACAAAACCGAAGCAAACGCCCUCUUCACAUCCUCACACUACACCGACGCCAUCGCAAAAUACGACGAGGCCGUCUCCGUCUGCCCCAACUACCUAGACUACGACCUCGCCGUCCUGCGCUCAAACAUCUCCGCCUGCCACCUCAAACUCUCCCAAUGGAAAGACGCAAUCUCCUCCGCCUCCGCCGCGCUCGACGGCCUAGAUCGCAUCGACAAGGAAUCCGCCCUCGAGCAGGAACGCCGAGAAAAGCUCAAGGCCGAAGAGGAAGAGGGCGUGGAGGAGGAGAUUGUAAGCUCUGGCGCUAGCGCCGCUGCCCCCGCGCCGGUGACGGUCGCAGAUGAUGCAGAGGAAGUUGCGCGUAGAAAGAGGGCAGAUGAUGUCCUCCGCAUCAGAGCCAAGGCUCUCAUGCGGAGAGCGAGAGCGCGGAGCGAGGAGGGCGGGUGGCAGAACCUCGCGGGCGCGGAGGAGGAUUAUAAAGCGCUGGCCAAGAUGGGGAACCUCGCGGCCGCGGAUCGCAAGAUUGUGCAGACGCAGUUGAGGGUGCUGCCGCCCAGGACGAAGGCUGCGCAGGAGGCGGAGACGGCGGAGAUGUGGGGGAAGCUUAAGGAUCUGGGCAAUGGCAUUCUGAAGCCGUUUGGACUGAGUACGGAUAACUUCCAGAUGGUCAAGGAUGAGAAGACGGGAGGAUAUUCGAUGAAUUUCAACCAGGGUCAAUGAGCCUGGACAUAGCCCAUCAAAUGUGGUCUAAGAAGAAAACAGCAUUUUGGUGUAGGCAUGGUAGGAGCGAUGGCAUCAUAGCAACAUGAAGACGCCGUAAAUCUAGCUCAUUCAAGCUAGUAUACUACUAUCGCGUCCAAGGUGCUUCACGGACGAUUACUUCUGUAAUCACCAAAGGUUUGACUCGCUCAUGUCUGCAAGAGUGUCUGUCAAAAGAAAUUCAUUCAUGUGCCCACAGUAUAACAGUAAGAACAAGCAGCCAA